AGAGGAAGUGAGAGUGUUAUAACAGCAUUGCGUGGAAGCUGUGUCCCUCAUUAACGCUGGUGCUGUGCUGGUGCUGUGUCCUGUGAGGGAGAAAUUGCCCAAAAUUAAAAGGCGAAGUCAUGAGGGAAGCUACGUUUUUGGCCGGAUUGAUCACGAUGAUCGUCCUCGUGCUCUCCUCGGCAGAAGCCCACCGUUACAGUUACGACAACCGAGACUGCUAUUACAACGACCGGUACGACCGCAGCUGCAGCUACUACCCACCCACAAGCUACCACUACCACGACCACAUCUACCAGACCCGCCCUGCACCACACACAUACAGAGGUUAUUCACAUACCUGCAAGUACCUGGCACAUCAUCCUCAUCUACUGCGCAGAAUUCACAAGAUGCUGGUCUUUUAUUUCUCAAAUUGCUAUAACCCCUACUAUGAAUAUUCGGACUUUCAUUACUGAAGCUGAAAGGUGCCCGGGGUAUCAGGACGAGGCUGAAAUGAAGGGAAUUUCUCCGACUUCGAGUCUGUAUUGAGAUUCUAUGUAGUGGUGCUGUCUUGUUAUUGUUUUCAGUAUUAUGUUGUUGUUUGUAUGAUUAUCGUUAUGUGCAUAUAGCUGUG